GUACACACUGCAGUCCUUGGCGGGGGCGCGCACGUGACUCUUCGUGCUGUGGGGCCUGCGGGCGACUGGCGAAUCAGGCCGGGGGCGGCGCCGGGCGUGACGCGCAACUGGGCGGGGUGCAGGGCGGUGGCGGCGGCGGCGGCAGCGGCGGCGACUACGACGGAGGGAGGAGGCGGAGAAGCGGGAGGCGGAGGCGGAGAGUCGUUCAUAAAUGGCGCCGAAGCAGGACCCGAAGCCCAAAUUCCAGGAGGGUGAACGUGUAUUGUGUUUUCAUGGACCACUCCUUUAUGAAGCAAAGUGUGUUAAGGUUGCCAUAAAGGACAAGCAAGUGAAAUACUUUAUACAUUACAGUGGUUGGAAUAAAAAAAGUGCUGUGAGGCCCAGGCGCUCUGAAAAAUCUUUGAAGACACGUGAGGAUAUUGUAGCCCUUUUUCCUGUUCCUGAAGGAGCUCCCUCAGUACACCACCCCUUCCUGACCGCUAGCUGGGAUGAAUGGGUUCCCGAGAGCAGAGUUCUCAAAUACGUGGACACCAAUCUUCAGAAACAGCGAGAACUUCAAAAAGCCAAUCAGGAGCAGUAUGCAGAAGGGAAGAUGAGAGGGGCAGCUCCAGGAAAGAAGACUUCUGGACUACAGCAGAAAAAUGUUGAAGCGCUUUUUCAGAACAGAUGGAUCACUCGCUGUUUGGAGACCUCUGCAAUAUCAAUGCGGAAAACCAAAAAGAACAAACAGAAAACUCCUGGAAUUGGAGAAGGUAGUAGUACCAGUGAGACGCCUCAACCACCUCGGAAGAAAAGAGCCCGAGUGGACCCGACAGUUGAAAGUGAAGAAACAUUUAUGAACAGAGUUGAAGUUAAAGUGAAGAUACCUGAAGAACUGAAACCAUGGCUUGUUGAUGAUUGGGACCUGAUUACCAGACAAAAGCAGCUUUUUUAUCUUCCUGCCAAGAAGAAUGUGGACUCAAUUCUAGAAGAUUAUGCGAGUUACAAGAAAUCCCGUGGAAACACAGAUAACAAGGAGUACGCCGUGAAUGAAGUGGUCGCGGGGAUCAAAGAGUACUUCAAUGUCAUGCUGGGCACCCAGCUGCUCUACAAGUUUGAGAGGCCCCAGUAUGCCGAGAUCCUGGCCGACCACCCCGACGCCCCGAUGUCGCAGGUCUACGGAGCCCCGCACCUGCUGCGGUUGUUCGUGAGAAUUGGAGCAAUGCUGGCCUAUACGCCCCUGGACGAGAAGAGUUUGGCUCUGUUGUUGAACUAUUUGCAUGAUUUCUUAAAAUAUUUGGCGAAGAAUUCUUCAGCGCUUUUUAGCGCCAGCGACUAUGAGGUUGCCCCUCCUGAAUACCAUCGGAAAGCAGUCUAAGGAGUUGGAUACUUUUUGUUCUUUUUGGGUCUCUGUUAACCUAUCUAUCUGUUCUAUUAGUCCCUUUCUUGCACAUAUAUUGUACUUUGAAAUUGUGUUUAUGUAAACAGGACUGAUGUUUAAAUAAGUCUGUUUUGUUUGAAAUAGAAAGUGUAUAGGGAGGUGCUUCAGCCCUUCCUUCCCUUUCAGAGUUGCUGCCAGUGUGUUAAGAACAGACAUGGAGAGUGAUAUUCUGUAUAUAGGAUGUUUCAGUGUCUAUUUGACAAAGCUGCUUGAAUUCUGGUGGUUUCAUUCCUUUGACACUAAGCACUUUGAUGAUCCCCGUGAAUGCUAAGUGAUAAAACACCCUGAUUCCUAGUGCCAAAGGUUUAAUCAUAUAUAGCUCAUGACUCAUUCAUUUGUGCUCAUAUUUCUUCUUAGUGCUUGAAGUAAACAUGUUAUUCCUCAAGCAUUUUUCUCCUUGUUCACAUUGUUGAAGAAUGGUGAUUUGUGUUGCCAGUUUCUUAUUCUGGAUCUAAUACACAUUCGAACAAUAGGAAAAAAGCAUUAGUGUUAUUAUCUAUGGUUUUCUGGGAAAGUUGGUCUUUCAGGAGCUGUUUUACAAGUCUUGGAAAUAAACCUUUUUUAUUUAAAAAGUUUUGUGCUCAUUUAGUGUUUUUGAAAUGUUCACUUUUGCUUUAUGUAAUCUCUGGUAUAAGUGAUAGUAACUACUUCAUUGUUAUUGUAGAAGCUUUGCUUCAAGGGGCACAGCAAAAUCUACAUUGGCCUUCCUAGUUAUCUUUGCAAAAAUUGUAUCAUGCAAUUACUUGCACUCUGUGGGAUUCAAUUAAUGACAGGGCCCUCUUGCCAAAGGCUCUUUUAUCUCUUAAUUCUAAAUGUUUCACUUUUACCUGUAUAAUGGUACAUUUUCCAUUUUUAACAAUCACAUAUUCAUUUUUGAAGCAGAUAAUAAAAUAUUUGCAUAUAAUAGGCAACUGAGCUUUGAAAGGGUGAUGACAGUUAAAUCUGUUCUCUUGAGGUUGCUAAGGAUACUGUGGUGCUUGGAAAAGCAGCUUUUGAAAGUCCAUCUGGCUUAGGAAGAGGCUGAGUUUUAUUGGUAAGAUGACCACAGUCUGGGCCAGUUCUAAUGAGGUUACAUACUUUCCAGAUGUCCUUUUCAUGGGAUCACAGGAUUUAGAACUCCAGGAGACCUUGGAGAUCACUUCUCUUUGGGUUAGUCUCAGAAUUGCUUCCCUUAGCAGUUGUAUUUGUUCAAGUGCAGCUGACCCUGCAUUAUAUUAAUCUUCAAGAAUUAGGUUGAAAAUGAUGUAUGGAGUGGUAUUUGAGCAGCUCCUCUUUCAAAUUGUCUCUUCCUUAAACAAGUAAUAAAGAAGAAAUUUUGCAAACCCUGUCCAAA